UAUCCACUGGGAAACUACCGCCUCUCAAGGCGGCCAAAAAAGUCAGAAGCUGAAUAAGGAAAUGAAGCGUAAUUUGAGGAAGAUGGAUGAGUCCCGAGGGCAACACCCCCCUCUAUCCUCUUCUAUUGCAGAUGAUAAGCACUGUUCGUUUAUGUGUGAGUGUGUGUGAGAGAGAGGGAGAGGUGGGACAUUGAGAUUGUACGGGAGAGAGAGAGAGGGAGAGAGAGAGAGAGAGAGACUGUGUUUAUGUCUCAGUUUGUGACAAAUAGGGGAAGAGGGACUGAGCUGAAACAAAAAAAAGCGUCAGGUCACAGUCAGCAGAGAGGAGGGGACGACGAAAAACUGCUCACCACGGUCAUUGUGGAUAAUACAAUCAGCGAGAGCUGCGAGACUUCUAGCCACCGGAGGAGUGAUUUUCCUCCGUUUUUCUUCGAGAAGUUUCAGUUGGAAUUUAAAUCGCGAGUGGACAGAAUUUGCCUCAAAAUGCAGCGACCGAGCGGACAAGGGACGGCGUUUUCAAUUGACUCGUUGAUUGGGACCCCGCAACCAAGGCCGGGGCACCUGCUUUACACCGGCUACCCAAUGUUUAUGCCGUAUCGCCCGCUGAUGAUUCCGCAAGCCCUCUCUCAUUCGCCUUUGCCGUCCGGUAUUCCUCCGUUGGCACCUUUGGCGUCGUUCGCGGGCCGACUCACGAAUACUUUCUGUGCAAGUUUGGGGCAGGGAAUGCCUUCUAUGGUGGCGCUAACAACGACGCUGCCGAGUUUUUCGGAACCACCGGACAGUUUUUAUCCCCCACAGGAGAUGCCUGGACCUCGAUUAAGUGCUGAUCCAACUAUUAGGAGACAGGAAAGCCCGCACUCCGAGGAUCUGCACGCCAGGGAGAAAGCCUCGGAACUUCUCAACUUCUCAGAAACUUUCCAAACUAUUGCAGGUGAGACCAAACUGUACAGUUCGGACGAGGAGAAGCUGGAUCUAAAGUCAGCGGAUGCGGCAUGCAGUGAUAGAGAGGACAGCUCCGUGGACAGUGAGAACGAAAGUUUCUCGGAUGGAAACAACUGUGGAUCGUUAUCCCAAAAGAGCAAACUCAAGCCCGGCUCUCAGGACUCCUUACCACCGGGAGGUUCUGCUGGCAAAAGCAGACGGAGACGAACAGCUUUCACCAGCGAACAGUUGCUUGAACUUGAGAAGGAGUUCCACUGUAAAAAGUACCUAUCUCUCACGGAGCGCUCACAAAUCGCACACGCACUUAAACUGAGCGAGGUCCAGGUAAAAAUCUGGUUUCAGAAUCGCCGGGCCAAAUGGAAAAGGAUCAAAGCCGGCAACGUCAACAAUCGGUCAGGGGAGCCGGUGAGGAACCCCAAAAUUGUUGUUCCAAUUCCAGUUCAUGUCAACAGGUUUGCCGUCAGGAGCCAGCACCAACAAAUAGAGCAAGGCAGUAGGCCCUGAGUCGGCGCUUUGAUAGAACAGAGACUGAACUGCUAAUGUUAAAUGCAUGAAGCACAAAAGCAAGGAUUCCACAAGAGUAUCUGGGACAGAUAUCAUUUUACUGUAGCAUAUGGUCUUUAUACAAUAGAUGUUUUGGACAAGACUGUAUAUUUUCUUUUCCAAAUGUGUUCUGGCCAUUUAUUUAUUGUUUUUUUGUAAAUCUGUAAAUAUUGAACUUGUCUUAAGGACAUAUGUGCACUAUGAAAAUUUCGAACUGUAAAAACAAUUUUAAAAAUAUUUAUAAGUUGACGUUUAGUUAAAUAUCUGCAUGUGUUCUCGCCCUCCGGUUUAGCCUCUUGUUUUCACAGCUCUUACCACACCAUUUAAUUUAUCAUUUUGCAUGAACUCCGAGACGUCUCCAUUUAGUACUUUAGCGACUGUAUUCUCCAGUUGUUUGUGAAA